UUUGUUUGAGGCUCGGCGUUUACUAGCGUGUAUGAUGUUUUGAAUCUGCAAGGAUUAUUCAUUGGAAUAGGCCUUUGACGAAGCAAAACAAGGACGGGCCAGCAGGGCCCUUGCCAAAAUGUCCUACACCUAUCUGAACGACGAUGGCUCCCCAGAGACAGUUAAGACGUGGUCAGAUAUCCUGGCGAGGGAAAUUCCCUGGGAGACCUACGCCACAGCGAGGCUGGUCACCGAUAAGGACCUGCAGCUCAUCCGCCGCUAUGACAAGCGGUCUUCUGAGCUAAAGAACUCCAUGCUGGAUGAGUCGGGGCCGGCCUAUGUGGAGGCCUUCAUGACCGUGCUGAAGAAUGUGACGAAGCCGGAGACCGUGCAGUACGUGCUGGCAGUGCUCAUCCAAAUGCUGCAGGAGAACCCCAGCCGCGCUCGCCUGUUCCACCAGCAGAGCGACCAGCACCUGUCCUCGCAGCCGGACCCCUACACCGUGCUGGAGAGGCUGCUGCAGCGCCAGGACGACUGGUGGUCGCAGGAUAAGGCCUGCAAGCUGCUAACUAUCGUGAUUGAGAGCCGGCCGCGCAAGGCGACCGGCGCAGAGGGGGACCCGGCCGAGACGCACAUCAGCCUGUUCCUGGACUGGCUGGUGAGCCAGCUCAACAGCCGCGCCAACCUGGCUAAGAACCCGCCCGCCGUCAUCAACACCUGCAUCAGCUGCCUGGCGGCGCUGCUGAAGGAACGCGCCACGCGGCAGCUGCUGCUGCGCGCGGGCGGCCUGCAGGUGCUGCCGGCCGUUAUCCAGCGCGCUCGCGAGACGCCCAGCGGCUCCCAGCUGCUGUACGAGACCUGCCUGUGCGUGUGGCAGAUGACCUACCUGCGCCAGGCGGCGGAGGUGAUGGGCCAGGUGGGCAUCAUCAAGCAGCUGGUGGAGGUGUGCCGUGUGGCGCAGAAGGAGAAGGUGUUCCGCAUGGCGCUGGCGGCGCUGCGCAACCUGCUGGGGUACCAGGACCUGGGCCUGGCCUCGGACAUGGUGGAGGCGGGCCUCAACAAGGUGGUGGUCACCCGCCAGAUGCAGUCGUGGGGCGACGAGGACGUGGUGGAGAUGCUGACGUACGUGGACGAGAAGCUGAAGGAGGGCAUCGUGUUCCUCUCAAACUUUGACAAGUACAAGAAGGAGGUGCUGUCCAACACGCUGGACUGGAGCCCCAUGCACACCAGCGACCUGUUCUGGCGCCAGAACGCGGAGAAGUUCGAGGAGCGCGACUUCCAGGUGCUGCGCGUGCUGCUCAAGAUCAUCGAGACCAACCGCGACGUCAAGACGUUGGCGGUGGGCUGCCACGACCUAGGCCAGUUCAUCGUGUACCACCCCCAGGGCCGCUACAUCGUGAACGACCUGCGCGGCAAGGAGCUGGUGAUGCGGCUGCUGGGCCACAGCGACGUGGAGGUGCAGAAGCAGGCGCUGCUGUGCGUGCAGAAGCUCAUGCUGAGCAAGGACAAGCUGGACUUCAUCAAGUCGUAGGCGGCCGAUGCGGUGGAGCAGCCCUUGGCCUGGAAGGCACUGCUGGGACGGACGGAGAAGGUGGACGCGGCAGCGGCGACGGCGUAGGGGCCAUGCACGGGGCUUGCUGCAGGGCCUUGUCGUCAGGCCACGCCCCGGCGCCGCAGUACUGGAGUAUGGCGGCGGCCGGGGAGGCCGGAGGCGGGAGCGGGCGCCUUCCAAGCAGAGGGCAAUCGAGCGAGUGUGCAUGAGAGUGGGAUCUGGGGAGUCAAGUGGGGAGUUUUGACCGGGGCGCGGGUUGGUGUGCUGGCGCCAGCUGGCGCGCGCGUCGGGGCUUGCGGACAUACAGCGCAGCAUUGCGCAUUGACAGGUGACGGAAAUCAAGAGAUGGCGAUAACAACCAAACUUGGCGCGCACGUGAGGAGGUCAUAGCACAAGAAGUGCAGACGCCAAUCUACCGGCUGACUGAGUGUGAGCUGCGGGGGGAAGCACUGUAACGCCGGGAUAUG